AUGGCUUUCUCUCAGCUGACGUUUAUGCAUGCCAAUAGAUGUCUGAGAGUGGUCAGAUUGUUUGGUAUAAUAUCCAUGUUCAGUAAGGAACCAGACACCAACAAACUUCAUCUAACAGCUUUCAAAGUGUUUUCCAUCAUGGUCCUGUGUAUACAAGCCUCAGCAUGCCUUUGGUUUCAUCAGGUGUGUGAGCCCACUUAUGCUGGUAAUGUAAGGUAUUGCCCCAAAGCGGAGAACUGGCUCCAGCUACUGCCAGAAUUUUCAACCAAUUCGACAGGAAUUACAGACAUGGAGUUCUAUGCUACAACACUUUACUGGUCAACUAUCACACUAUGCUCCAUAGGCUAUGGAGAUAUACAUGCCACAAAUUUGGAAGAGGCCACAGCUGCAUCAUUUGUGAUGGUCCUCGGAUUGCUUUCCUUUGGAAUCAGCAUGUCUAACAUGAGCUCAGUUAUAACCAACAUGGUUGCACAAAGAGGAAGGUUCUACCAUAGAGUGGAUGCUAUUCUUCAUUACAUGAGACAAAUGGAAUUACCAGAGGAAAUCCAGGAAUGGGUGCACAAACAUUAUUACAAUCUUUGGUUCCACCAGAAGGGCCGCAACAUUGCAGGACUUAUGGAUGACCUCCCAUUUGUCCUGCAUUCAGAUGUUCUUGCUGCUGUUGAGAUUGCCAGAGCUGCCAAGAAACGUCUUCAAAAUUUCAGGCAUCCCCUACGAGAAGCAUGUGCAUAUGGAGUUGCCUCUGUCCCACAAAAUGCUGUAUUUGAAAAGGACCAGAGCAUCAACCUUGAGGUUAGUGACUGA